AUGAUGUGCUUCGACAGGGUGACGUGCGGUGCGGCGGUCGCAGGGGGGUAUGGGGAAAUGGCCGGCGGUAGACCAGAUCAGGAGGCCAAAGGACUUCCUGUGUUUGCGACGACAUCUGCGCCGCUGGGCCUCAUGGGGCCGAUGCUGUUUGCGAUGGCGAGCGUGACGGACGACGUGGACGUCGCCGCGGAGCUGCCGCUGUGGUCAUGGGUGAGCCGGUCGUACGCGCAGCAGCGCCACCUCGCCAACGCGUCGCUGCGGAAGAGCAAGAGUACGCAGCCGCAGCACUUGGUGGUGAUGGGCAUACCCUCAACAGACCAGCCAAUGCGCUAUCCGCUGCGGGAUGCGCAGCGCGCGACGUGGCUGACGUACCGCGAGGUUGCGCGCGCCGAGAA